CAUUUGAAGAUGACAACCUCAUGGAGCGACCGACUCCAGAAUGCAGCAGAUCUCCCUGCAAACAUGGAUGGACAUGCUCUGAAAAAGUACCGCCGGGAAGCCUAUCACCGGGUCUUUGUAAACAGAAGUUUAGCCAUGGAAAAGAUAAAGUGCUUUGGUUUUGAUAUGGAUUAUACACUUGCUGUGUAUAAAUCCCCUGAAUACGAAUCUCUUGGAUUUGACCUGACCGUAGAAAGAUUAGUUUCCAUUGGAUACCCUCAUGAGCUGCUCAAUUUUGUGUAUGAUCCUGCAUUCCCUACCAGAGGCCUGGUGUUUGAUACCCACUAUGGAAACCUGUUGAAAGUUGAUGCCUAUGGAAAUCUCCUAGUGUGUGCACAUGGCUUUAAUUUCCUCAGAGGGCCUGAAACACGGGAUCAAUAUCCAAAUAAAUUUAUCCAGAGGGAUGACACAGAUAGGUUUUACAUUCUGAACACGUUAUUCAAUCUACCAGAGACCUACCUGUUGGCCUGCCUAGUGGAUUUCUUUACUAACUGUGACCGGUACACUAGCUGUGAAACAGGGUUUAAAGAUGGAGACCUCUUCAUGUCCUUCAGGAGUAUGUUCCAGGAUGUCAGGGAUGCUGUUGACUGGGUUCAUUACAAGGGAUCACUCAAGGAAAAGACCCUUGAGAAUCUGGAAAAGUAUGUGGUGAAAGAUGGGAAGCUGCCGCUGCUUCUCAGCCGCAUGAAUGAAGUUGGGAAGGUGUUUCUCGUCACAAACAGUGACUACAAAUACACAGACAAAAUUAUGACUUACUUGUUUGACUUUCCACAUGGACCAAAGCCUGGGAGUGCCCAUCGGCCAUGGCAGUCCUACUUCGACCUGAUCCUGGUGGAUGCGCGAAAACCCCUAUUCUUUGGGGAAGGCACCGUUUUGCGGCAGGUGGACACAGUGACCGGGAAGCUGAAGAUUGGUACCUACACUGGCCCGCUGCAGCACGGCAUCGUGUACUCAGGAGGCUCUUCAGACACAGUCUGUGACCUGCUGGGGGCCAAAGGGAAGGAUAUCUUGUACAUCGGAGACCAUAUCUUUGGAGACAUCCUCAAAUCCAAGAAGCGCCAGGGCUGGAGGACCUUCCUGGUGAUCCCUGAGCUGGCGCAGGAGCUGCACGUCUGGACAGACAAAAGUGCCCUUUUUGAAGAGUUGCAGAGUCUGGACAUUUUCUUGGCCGAGCUAUACAAGCAUCUGGACAGUAGCAGCAAUGAACGCCCUGACAUCAGCUCCAUCCAGAGACGCAUUAAGAAAGUGACCCACGACAUGGACAUGUGCUACGGGAUGAUGGGGAGCCUCUUCCGCAGCGGCUCUCGGCAGACCCUGUUUGCCAGCCAGGUGAUGCGCUAUGCCGAUCUCUAUGCAGCCUCCUUCAUCAACCUCCUCUACUACCCCUUCAGCUACCUCUUCAGAGCCGCCCACGUCCUGAUGCCACACGAGUCCACGGUAGAGCACACGCACGUUGACAUCAAUGAGAAGGAGUCACCGAUGGCCACGCGCAAUCGCACCUCAGUGGAUUUUAAAGAUUCUGACUACAAGCGGCAUCAGCUGACCCGCUCCAUCAGUGAGAUCAAACCGCCCAACCUCUUCCCCCAGGCACCUCAGGAAAUCACGCAUUGCCACGAUGAAGAUGACGAUGAGGAAGAGGAAGAGGAGGAAGAAGAGGAGGAAGAGGAAGAGGAAUAAGAAGGAAAAAGCGAAGCAUCUUUGAAGACAAACCAUGACUCUAGCAGUGAUCAGGAGCGGAUUCCUUUGUUGGGGCCCUUGGG